ACGAGAAUGACGAUCUCAUAUUGACAUUCGUUUAAUGAUUUUUGCGUUUCAGUUUCGUCAUGUCAGUUAGGCGCAUUUUGGUCAUUGCCGGUUCGGACAGUUCUGGCGGCGCUGGCCUUGAGGCAGAUCAAAAGGUCAUUGCCGCUCAUGGAGGCUACGCAAUGACGGCGACAACUGCUCUGACGGCGCAAAAUACGAAGGGAGUGGUGGAUAUCCAUCAUGUACCUCCAGAAUUCCUCAAGAAGCAAAUCGAUGCUUGCUUAGAAGACAUUGGAGUUGAUGUUGUCAAGACAGGGAUGCUAGCAUCAACAGAGACGAUCAAGGUAGUUGCAGAUGCUUUGAAAAGGCAUAAAGUCUGUCGCACUGUCGUUGACCCCGUCAUGGUUUCAACGUCGGGAGCCCAAUUGUUACCUAAAGACUCUGUUAAGCCUCUGCUGUCUGAUGUAUUACCGCUCACUACGGUGUUGACUCCGAAUAUUCCUGAAGCCCAGUUGCUUCUCGAAGAAGCAGGUUUUCCUUUCCGAAAACCUGAGCGGAAAGAUGACCUGGUGGCAAUCGCGAAAGGCCUGCAAAAGCUUGGACCAAAGUAUGUCCUCCUCAAAGGCGGUCAUUUGCCGUUGACAAAAGAUGGCGAUGUAUCAGCAGCGGCUGCUGAUCAUCAUACCGUGUUCAAUGUCCUCGUUUCAUCAGACCAAGAAUAUAUAAUCGAGAAUAACUAUCAGAGAUCAAAAAAUACUCAUGGAACAGGAUGCUCCCUGGCUUCGGCUAUUGCAGCCAACCUCGCAAACGGCUUAGAUGUUCCGGCAGCUGUGCAGGCUGCAAGUAGGUACGUUGAAGCUGGCAUCAAGUAUAGCCAAUCGAUUGGUCAUGGAUCUGGCCCUAUCAAUCAUUUUCAUUCAACAUAUUCGUUGCCAUUCUCUGCCGAUCACUUCGUAGAUUAUAUUCUUGAACGAUCCGACGUUCGCAUCCCAUGGUCCGAUUAUACCGAGCACGAAUUUGUACGCCAGAUGGCUGAAGGCACGUUGCCGGUCGAAAGGUUCAAAUAUUACCUAAUACAAGACUAUUUAUUCCUUAUCCAAUUUUCACGCGCCAAUGCACUUGCCGCGUACAAGGCCAACAACAUGAGAGAUAUAAAUAGAUCUGCCGAGAUUGUGCGUCACAUCCAGGCUGAGACAAGCUUACACAUUUCAUACUGCGAACAAGAGUUCGGGAUCUCCAAGGAGCAGAUAAUUUCUACUGAAGAAGAUCAAGCCUGCACUGCAUAUACACGAUUUGUCCUCGAUAUUGGGCAUCAGCAAGACUUCUUCGCACUCCAGAUUGCCCUGCUUCCGUGCUUACUGGGCUACGGAGUAAUAGCUCGACGCCUGUACGACGACCCAAAAACAAAAAAGGAAGGCAACUUGUAUUGGAAGUGGAUUAAGAACUAUGUGGCUGACGACUAUGUUGAAGCUGUUCAGCUCGGACGGAAGCUAGUUGAGAAGGAGGCAAGAAAGAUUAGUCUUCAUCGUUUAGAGGAACUUGUGGAUAUCUUCAUCAAGGGAACAAAGCUUGAGAAGGGCUUCUGGGAUAUGGGGAUGCAACAUGAGACUGCUCUUCGAUGACAUAACUGAUAUGUCCUGAUAUCUGAAGUAACAAUGGUGAUUCUAUGGGCAAUAAAGACGAGUAAAGGGGCCCUCCUCAAGCGUAAGAAAAUGACUAGACUAUUCUCCUCGUCAA